UGAGGCUAGAAAGCCGGCGGCGAGAUGAGCUCGACGCCUGUCUUCCUGCGUUCCGCCGAGGUGCAGCGCCACCUCGGCAGCUCCAGCCUCCUCAUACCGCCUCUGGAAGCGGCUCUGGCCAACUUCUCCAGCGGCUCCGACGGAGGGGUCGUGCAGCCUGUGCGUACUGUGGUGCCAGUGACCAAGCACAGAGGUUUCUUGGGAGUCAUGCCUGCCUACAGUGCAGCAGAAGAUGCCUUGACCACCAAGUUGGUCACCUUCUAUGAGGGCCACAGCACCACCUCCACCGUCCCCUCCCACCAGGCCACGGUGCUACUCUUUGAGCCCAGCAAUGGCAACCUGCUGGCGGUCAUGGAUGGAAAUGUCAUAACUGCAAAGAGAACUGCUGCCGUAUCUGCCAUUGCUACCAAGUUUUUGAAGCGCCCUGACAGUGAAGUUUUAUGCAUCCUUGGGGCUGGGGUCCAGGCCUUCAGCCACUAUGAGAUCUUCACAGAGCAGUUCUCCUUUAAGGAGGUGAGGAUAUGGAACCGCACGAGAGAAAAUGCCGAGAAGUUUGCAAAUGCUGUGCAGGGGGCAGUACGGGUCUGUUCAUCAGUCCAGGAGGCUGUGACAGGUGCAGAUGUGAUCAUCACAGUCACCAUGGCAACAGAGCCCAUAUUGUUUGGUGAAUGGGUGAAGCCAGGAGCUCACAUCAAUGCUGUCGGCGCCAGCAGACCCGACUGGAGAGAACUGGAUGAUGCACUUAUGAAACAAGCUGUGCUGUAUGUGGAUUCCAAGGAGGCUGCCCUGAAGGAGUCUGGGGAUGUUCUCUUGUCAGGGGCAGAGAUCUUUGCUGAGCUGGGGGAAGUGAUCAAAGGACUAAAACCAGCCCAGUGUGAGAAGACCACAGUGUUCAAGUCUUUGGGAAUGGCCGUGGAGGACACAGUUGCAGCCAAACUGGUAUAUGAUUCCUGGUCAUCUGGUAAAUAA